GCGCGGCGGAAGUUAGGGUCGCAGCUGGGUCCGCGCGGCGGAAGUUAGGGUCGCAGCUGUGUCUACACGCCGCCUGAGAGUCGGAGCGGAUUUUGCGCAUGCUCACACGCAGCAGUCGCUAACGCCGCUUCCGGUGGUUGCGCCGGCCGCGCCAGACCCACGAUCCCAGCUUUAGCGGUGCGGAAGGGGUCCGGCUUUGGGCAGGUAUGAGUGAUUUCAGCGAAGACUUGCUAAGGCCCAGGACGGAGGAUGGCCCAGGGGAACUGAGAGUGGGCUCCGGUUCAGGAAUGCAUUUUCCGUGGCUGCAAAAGCUUGUAGAGAGUGUGGCGACUGGAGGGAGAAAGCAGAAGGAGUUUGCUCAGACAACAAGCGCCUGUUUAAGCUUCAUCCAGGAAGCUCUGCUGAAGCACCAGUGGCAGCGAGCGGCCGAAUACAUGCACAGUUACUUUCAGAUCUUGGAGGACUCAGACAGCAACAAAAGGCAGGCUGCGCCCGAGAUUAUUUGGAAACUCGGAAGUGAAAUUCUCUAUUACCAUCCCAAAAGCAACGUGGAGACUUUCAGCGCCUUUGCUGACAGGAUGAAGAAUAUCGGCGUGAUGAAUUACUUAAAGAUCUCCUUGCAGCACGCGCUGUACCUCGUGCACCACGGGCUGCUUGACGACGCCAGCAGAAACCUCAGCCAGGCGGAGACAUGGCGCUACGGUGACAAGUCCGCUUCCCAGGAGGUGCUGAUCAGCCUGGUCCAGGCCUACAAAGGGCUGCUGCGGUACUACACCUGGUCAGAGAAGAAGGUGGAGCUGUCCCGGCUCGACCAGGAUGAUUACGCCUACAGCGCCGCGUCGCAGAGCAUGCUCGACCACAGCUGGAAGACCUCCACGGACUUCCGUUCGCUCAUUCAGGUUCCUGGAGUCUGGGACCCCUUUGUGAAGAGUUAUGUGGAGAUGCUGGAGUUCUACGGGGACCGCGAAGGAGCCCGCGAGGUCCUCACGAAUUACGCCUACGACGAGAAGUUCCCGUCGAACCCGAACGCGCACGUGUACUUGUACGGCUUCCUGAAGAGGCAGAAGGCUCCCAGGGAGCAGCUGAUCAGUGUGCUGAGGAUUUUGUAUCAGAUUGUACCAUCUCAUAAGCUGAUGUUAGAAUUCCAUAGAUUACUGAGGAAAUCAGAGCGAGAGGAGCACCGCAAGCUGGGCCUGGAGGUGCUGUUCGGUGUCCUGGAUUUCGCGGGGUGCACUAAGAACAGGACCGCUUGGCAGUACUUGGCAAAGUGUCUCAGACAGACCUUAACGGGAAACCAUCUCGCCUGGGUGCUCGAGCAGUGGACUUCCAGGAAGAACUGGUGGCCCGGCUUUCACUUCAGCUCCUUCCGGGCGAGAGGCGACUGGACGGAGGACAGAGCUCUGGCUCAGGAGAAAGCCUUCGUGGCGGGCACGCUGCUGGGCAGAGGUUGUCGAUAUUUUCGGUAUAUUUCAAAACAAGACCAUCAAGCUUUGAGGAAGAAAAUGAAGCGGAUAAAGAAGUUGGUGAAAAAAUACAGUAUCGUAAAUUCAGGACUCUGAUGUUGAAUUUAAGUUAUUUCAGAUUAGUGGCUACAGCGUUGUAGCUCCAUAGAUAAUUAUCGAAUGUAUUUAUUGGGUAUUUUAAGAAGAUAGUUUUUUAUAUGGCUAUAAAAUAACUUUAUUUUUGUAUUUAUGUUUACUAUUAUUUAUAGCUGGACAAACAGUCUCACUACCUCUACUCUUUGUAAAUAAGUGUUUUUUCCUUUUUUGUACUGUUAUAUGUAGCAUUUAUUAAGGAAUA